AUGUCAGUCCAAACAGAGGUCAACAAUAUUCCAAUGGAAGAAAAACGAGAGGACUAUGUGCUGUCCACUAAUGGUCCGAAGGGUAUCACAUUUUCUGGUGAGACUUUUGUUGUCCCAGAAACUCAUGAUAUGGUAAAGACAUUAUUUGAUCCAUCAAUACACAAAUCUAAUUUAGAAUUGGUAAUUUUGGGAUGCUUGUGUGCUAACAUGCUUGUGUUUUUAAUACCGCUGAAUCAAGUGCGAAUUGGAGUAUUCAUUGGGCUCUACAUUUUUUGGAGAUUGUCUUAUAAUUUUGGUAUUGGUUGGUUAUUACAACAACAAUCGAACCAUAACAGAUUAGUAUCUUGGGCUAGAGAUGGUAAGUUUUUUGAUACCAAGAAUAACCUGUUUUGGGCUAAAUUAGUUCAAAAUGAAGUUAAAUCGCAACGAGGUAAAGAUUAUGUUAUCUCAUCAUUACCCAUUGAAUUCAACACUUGGCUUGUGUUUAGAAAAUUUGUUGAUUUGAUCUUGAUGUCAGACUUUGUUACUUUUUGUUGUGUUGUUUACACUUGCUCAGUGGCCAAUGCCAAUGAGUUUUCAAACACUUGGACGGUUUAUUUGAGAAUACUUGUUGGGUUCAGUUUGAUUUUGUUCAAUUUAUGGGUCAAAGUUAAUGCCCAUAAUACAAUUAAAGACUAUGCUUGGUAUUGGGGUGAUUUCUUUUUCAGACAAAUUAAUAAUGAAGAAUUGAUUUUUGAUGGUGUCUUUGAAAUGGUACCACAUCCAAUGUAUUCAGUUGGAUAUGUUGGAUAUUAUGGAUUCGCUUUGAUUGCUAAAUCAUAUACGGUGUUGGCAAUUGCAAUCUUUGGCCAUUUCUUACAAAUGAUUUUUCUUCAUUAUAUUGAAAACCCUCAUAUCGAUAAGAUCUAUGGUCCUUCUAAGAAUGAAAUUAACUUAAUCAAGAUUUUAAAGUUGAAAGACUUGAAACAUUUUGAAAAUAUGCCACCAUUGGUUGGUUUCUAUAACUUUAAUUGGAUGAGAGCAAGUGAUGUUUUGAAUUUGAUUUUGAUUUUUACUUAUGGGGUUAUUAUUCCAUUAUUGUCCAAGAAUUCAUACAAGUUGUUUUUCGCCUUGACUGUGGGAACAAAGUUGUUUGAAAGUUUCUUUAUCAAUACGUUGUUGAUUUUGCAAAGUUAUUUCAAAUAUUUCACCAAAUGGUGUCUUUCAAAUGAUAUCCCGGUUGAUAAAUCGCUAAACAAUUGGGCAAUUUUGUACAACUCGUUGAUUAAUUUGACCUACUCAUCCUUAUUUGGUAUGAAUUUGGCACAUGUUUUACAAGGAACAACCGAAGUACUUUUCCAUCAUUUGUUUUAUUUGAGAGUAUUUGUUGGUUGUUUAUUGAUUGUGACCCAAACUUGGAUUAAUGCAUCCAUUAUUGAUCUGAUUGGAUACUUUGGCUACUUCUAUGGUGAUUUCUUCAUUCCUAAAUCGCAGCAUUUAACCAAAGCCGGUGUCUAUCGUUAUUUGAACAAUCCAGAACAAAUCUUUGGUGUUUGUGGAGUUAUGGGUGUUUUCAUUAUAUGGCCAACUUAUGAAAAUAUUGUAUGUUGUAUUUUAUGGGUUGCCAACAACUUUAUCCGUAUUAAUUUCAUUGAAAAGGCUCACAUGCUUAGGGUAUACGGUGAGCAAGAAGUGAAUCAGGACUCAGGUGUCACGAAAACAUUUAAGAAACAUUUGAUCCCCGACGUAAUUCAAAGAAGAAUCAGUAAUGAUGAGCCAAUGAGAAGAAGAAGAAGUAAUCCUGGAUUAGGUAUUGCGGAAUCAUUUGAAAAUUUCAUCAAGGAUUUACAAAAUUCCAAAGUUAAGUUAUCAAAGCAAAAAUUGAUUGAAUUAUCACAAAACUUGUCGUUUGCCAAUUCAGAUUAUAAAUUGACUCUUCCAGGACUAAAUGUUGACCAAGCAGCAAAUUCGAAAUAUAUCACCAUUGGGUCUCCAAUUAAAGUCAAUUGGCAAUCUCCUGCAGCUACUCACUCUCCGAAAGAUUGGAUUGGUUUAUACAAGAUUCUGCAAACUACUUAUUCAAGAAACAAAACUUUACUUUCAUCAUCAGGUAGAUGGACCAAUUGUGAAACUGCCAAUGGUUCAUUCACAUUCGUUAAAGACAAAUUGUUUUGGGAACAAGGUGUUUAUGAAGUAAGAUAUCAUUUAGAUGGUGGACAUGAUGUCGCCUAUAUUUCUGAGCCAUUUGAAAUUAAAUCCAAACAUAUUGAUGUGCCUAAUGAGGAAUCCUUAUUAGAUGAAUUUGCUAUGGAGUUGAAGACGGAAAUAUUUGAUAAAGUAUUUGACAUUGAUUCGAAUGAUACUUCAAUACAAUCGAUAGCUACACAACUGGAUACUAAUGUUUUGGAAUUGUACAAUUUAUUAAGUACAAUUGUAUCGCAAGCAACAAAUAUUCGCAUAAGUUCCAAGAUAUUCCUUAAUCAUGAUAAUAUUUCCAUUAAGGAUGUGGCUAAGAAAUUGUAUGAUAUUAAUCAAAUUCUAAACGAUUUGUCAUAUGAUUUUACUGUCAAAAAGGAUCAAUAA